AAACAAGGAAACGCGAAUACCGCAUCGUUUACCCAUUUUUCUUUGCAUUCGUUCCGCAUCUUACCAAUUAAAAUGAAAAUAGCAGAGCGGAUAUCUAAAUUUAAAAUUGAUAUUUAAUAAAUUAAUCAAAAAGCUGCUGUUUCAUCCUGUCGUAAAGCAGAGUGCCGUAUUACAGUUGGUGUUGUUGUGAGGAGCUGAACUAGCAGAAGGAUGUGGAUUUCCAAAUUAAAUAUUUUGGCAUUUUCGUUACUUUUUGUGGGACAGAAUAACACAUUUGCUCUCCAGGAUGUGACGGCCGACCUUUUCGGUGCCGAAAAUUACGGGACGGUGGCAGCGUUUGGAGAUUUCAACUCGGAUAAACAGACUGACAUCUUCAUUAUCAGAGAGCAGUCUGAACUGGUGAUAUUCUUGGCUGACACGAAAGCACCAUACUUCAAGCCCAGCGUCCAAAACACUAAAGACGUUUUGCCAAGGGACACCAUCAUCACCAGUGUGGUUCCUGGAGACUAUGAUGGAGACUCUCAGAUGGAUGUCCUCCUUACAGCUCAGAUAUCCCCCGUGGCAGCAACAACAGUUUUCAUCUUUUGGGGGAACAACCAGACAUUAGAUAUUGGUGGUUGGCUCAGGCUGAACAAGACCUUUACAGAUCAGCCUCUUGUUAUGGAUUUCAAUGGGGACAUGAUCCCAGAUAUUUUUGGAAACACCAACAAGACGUACACUGAAGUCUGCUAUCUCACCAACAGGAUUCCAGUGUGGCGGAAUGCACUGAGUUCAGCCGUCAACAUGCGCAUCCCUCACUCUAACGCUUUCAUUGACCUCAACAAGGACUUCACCGCUGAUCUAUUCCUGACAACUCAAGGCCCAGCAUUUGAGACCUGGAUCAGCGAGGAUGGAAACUUCACCAAAGCUGAAGUCAUGCCAGCAAAUCCACCAGGCAGCAUUGUGGGACAGUCCUCCUUUGUCGACUUCGAUGGUGACGGCUACCAAGACCACCUCCUCCCUGUGUGUUUGGAUAACACCUGUCAACGCAGUGCCAUCUACUUAGCCAAGUCAGGCUCAAAAGAGUGGGUAUCAGUACUGCCAGAUUUCCAGCAGAAGGAAACAGUUUGGAGUUUUGCGCCAGGGACACCAAGCCAACCCCUGACCCUGCACCUCGGUGACUACAACCUGGACGGCUUCCCUGAUGCCCUGGUGGUCCUCCGCAACACCAGUGGCAGUGGUCAGCAGGCCUUCCUGUUGGAGAACGUGCCCUGUAACAAUGCCAGUUGCCAUAGCGUAGGAAGAAUGUUCCACAUCCACUGGGACCAGUCAGAUUUGGGAGCCAUCCAAAAUGCUAUUAUGGCAACGUUCUUUGACAUCUACGAAGAUGGUAUAUUAGACAUGCUGGUUCUGAGCCAUGCAGCGGGCAAAAAUGACUUGAUCAUCCAUGCUUUAAAGAACAAUUUUGAAGCUGAUGCGUACUUCGUUAAAGUGAUGGUGCUCAGCGGUCUCUGCUCCAAUAACUGUCCAGAAGAUGUGAAGCCUUUUGGUGUUAACCAGCCAGGUCCCUAUGUCAUGUACACCACAGUGGACUCCAACGGCUACCUGAAAAACGCCUCAGCGGGUCAGUUGAGCCAGUCGGCUCACUUCUCCCUCCAGCUGCCCUACACUGUGCUUGGCCUCGGACGCAGCGCCAACUUCCUGGACCACCUUUUUGUCGGCAUCCCCCGGCAGCCUGGAGAGACGGACAUAAGGAAGCAGGAGUGGACGGCCAUCAUUCCCAACUCGCAGCUCAUUGUCAUCCCCUACCCACACAACAAACCCCGCAGUUGGAGUGCUAAACUGUACCUGACUCCGAGCAACAGCGUGUUGCUGACGGCCAUCGCGCUGAUCGGAGUGUGUGUCUUCAUCCUUGUCAUUAUUGGCAUCCUCCACUGGCAAGAGAAGAAAGCGGACGACCGAGAGAAGAGGCAGGAAGCCCACCGUUUCCAUUUCGAUGCCAUGUGAAGAAGGAAAACUGCAUCGUGGGAGAGGAUCCUCUCCUGUACUCCUCCACCUGCCCCCCCUUCACACACACAUUUUUACAGCGACUCAUUUCAAGGGCCAAUAAAUGGAUCCUCAUUUACGCCAAAACGUUUCCUUUUGAUAUUUUUCAGUCCUCAAGUCAGAUGUGAAAUAUUUAUGUUCCAUUUCAUUUAUUCAUUCCAGUGUUAGAAGUACAGGAACUGCAACAAGGCCACGGAGACACAGACAGAAAUCCUAAUGGAGAUUGCUCACAAGAUUAAAGCAGGGAUUUCUUCGGCCUGGCUGUCAUGCUACUAGCAGCAUGAUCAUCAGUGGUGUUAUUAGAGUAUUUUGACAAAAUGACAUAGAUUUCUUUUAAAAUGCCAAACAAGGCACUCCAAUUGUGUAAUUUGUUUUGUUUUUUUUAAAUUGUUCACUGGAAGGGAAGCACCUUUGGCACCGAGUGUUGAAAUGUGUAAUGUUACUUGAAGUCCAUGUGUGUGUCACUGUCCAUUGUCUUUGUCUAGUUGAUUCACCUUUGUCUUUUUCAUUUGUUUGAGAUGUUGUGAAGAAAACCUUCAGAUUUUAUUACCUGGGGAAUUAAAUUGAACUGAACUCUGAAAAUAAUCGCAGCCUUGGACGGCAGCAGCAAAGUGCUGCAAAGUGAACAAAAAUGGACACGGGAUUUUUCUGCUGCCAAUCUUGCCCAAAAAUGAUGAAUGGCAUUCGGCUUUGCUGAGUGCAGAUUCAUCUUUUUUUCACACUUGAUUGUAUCGCAGUGCAUCAUGGGAGUGCCAAAAAAAGAGUUUCUGUUACUCCAGCUUGUUUCGAGUUGUAGGUUUAACUCUUAUUGUCUUGUUGACGUUAAUUGCGCCAAGCACUCUGGUCUGUUCAGAUAUUUAUUUCACAAGAAUGAGCUCAUGCCUUUCCAAGUGGUUUGCACUUUUUUAACUAAUGAUUAACUGUAGGUGUAUAUAAUUUAUUUGGUUUUGUGGAUUUGAUUUGCAAAUGAAUGUUGAAGCUACUAAAUAUGUUUACCUCCUGAGGUUGAGAAUAAAGGUUUCUCCUGUUC